UAAUAAAAACGUGUUUCUAAUUUAGAUUGAACACAAUAAGAUAAAGAGAUUAUUCACAGUUCGCAUUGGCUAUUGACUCGUAUAAUAUAAGUAUCCAUAAUAUCUAGAUAUUAAUCAAUCGUUAUUUUUCCCUCACUAACAGCUGUCGACGGUAACUUGUUACCGUGGUUACCACGAUUUACCGCGGUGGAUGCGCGCGAGUUUUCAAAGGAGGCGAGCCGCUCUUUACUUCCUAGAGCAAGCUCUGUUGCUAGCUCUGUUGCUAGCUCUUAGCUCACACAGACGCACACCAUGACCGAUAUAUUCAUAUCAACAUGAAUUAACCAGUGAAAAGACCACCAUCGCUGAUCCGCAUACGACUACAUUUGAAGAUUGUAUGGCUCUUUGUUGCGGAAUGAUCCCUUUAUUCGUUCGUUCUGCUUGUUUGUUAUCGCUACGGAUGCACUAGCUCACAAACAGCUCCUUCAGUAUUGUGAGCUGCAAAGCAAAUGGCAACAAAUUAAUUUUAAUAAUGACAUUUUAACUUGCUAAGCCUCCCCUCUGACCCUCUGUCAUCAUGUCCAUCGACUUCGACAGCGCUGCCCUUCAGACACAACAAGAUGAAGAUGAAUACGAUCAGGAGGAUUAUGCGAGAGAACAAGAGCUGCACAAGCUGCUCACCGACCUGCCUGAUGAUAUGCUUGAGGACAGCCAUGACUCGAGCCCUGAGCUGGAGUACUCUACCUGCAGUAACAACAACAUCAACAACAGAAAGGGCCAACCGCCUGAAUGGACACAACAAGCUGAACUCUCCCCUCAUCCUAAACGCAACUCUUACGAGAACUACGAUGAGGACUACAAUGGAGGAUCACAUCAGCAUGAGGGAUUCGAGGGCGAGGCUGUUCACAUCAAUGGCUACGACAGCCAUGCCCAGAGACCGCCUCUGACCGCCGCCUGGAAGCAGCAGCCUCAAGAAGGCUUUGGGUCUCAGCCGUUCUCCCAUGGAGCCGGUGACCGUUCGGACUAUGAACUCGAGGAGGGAGACGGGAAUACGCGGUUCUUUGAGAACCAAAACAAUGCAAAGAAGCAUUUCCAAAACAUCGAUGAUCCAGGGUCAGGAGAGAGAAGGGUGGCUCACUGCAAGGCAAACUACAACCCCCAUAAACCUGCUGGUCAACCGCAGAGCCACAGCGUUCAGGCCCCUCUUGAGCCCUUUGAGCACCUGCAGAGAGAAUACCUGGACACCGCACAGAACACCGCUGAGGGCCAGCAGCUGGCUCAGCUGCAGAUUCUCCACAAGGCCCAGCAGAGACAGGUGGAAGACCUGGAGCGCAAGCUGGAGGACUCCAGGCGCAACAUGCGCUACCUUGAGCAUCAGUUCGCCAUCGUUAAAGAUGAAAAAGAUGGCCUGGCAGUGAGUCUGAAGGAGUCCAGCCACCUGGUGGAAGAGGGCCAGGAGAGGGAGGUUCAAAUGCAGAACAGGGUCAAGUCCUUGGAACUGCAGAUCCAGUCACUGACAGAGCGAGACCAUGAGAACCUUAAGAAGCAGCGGAUAGCGGAGGCUGCGGUGGACAGUCUGAAACAGCAGAUGGCAGAGCUGUGUCGCUCAGAGACGCUGUCUAGAACGCGGCAGCAGCACGACCAGGACCUGACGGUCAAGAGGGAGCAGCACAACGCUGCGCUGCUGGGACUGCAGCAGCAGCUGGACGCCAGCGCCCAGGCCCUGAAGGAGCAGGUGGAGGUCGGCCAGAGGUUGCGGGAGCAGGUGAGGCAGCUGGAGCACCAGAGGGAGGCGGAACAGUUGGAGCGGGCCAGGGUGGUCAACGCCCUCUCCCAACGUCUGGAGGAGACUCAGAAGCAGUGUGCCAAGCUGCUCCAAACAGGGUCUGUGCAGGAGAUGAGCCAAAUGCAAAUCAAGCUGCAGCAAGCUCAGGCGGCGAAGACUCUGAGUGAAAACAUGAACCAAGGGUUGCAGGAGGACCUGACGGACCUGAAGGAGCAGAUCACCAUGUACGAGUCUGCGGUGAAGCACGGCGUCAUAGUUCCGGACCCCAUACUGGACGACUGGGAGAACCCCCCCUCUGAGUCCUACGUCGAGCUGGGCAUCAAGAGCGCCAACCGCAAGAAGGUCCGGCUGCACAGCACACUAUUGGGGGAGCUGGCCAAGCCCACACUGCCCCUGGAAGAGCAGGUGAAGCAGCUACGAGCCGAGCUGCAGCGCUGCCUGGGCAGCCUGAAGGCCAAGAGGCAGAGGAUGGGCCAGCUGCAGCAGGAGCUGCAGGCCUCUCAGAGCAGCCUCAGCCUGAUGAACACACAGCUGCACCCCGCUCAGCCUCCGUCACCGGUGAGAGCCAGUCCUGUAGACGUGGUGGGGGCUCCUCAGGGUGACUGCGCCAGGCUACAGCAAGAAAUCCACCAGCUGAAGGAGCAAGUGGAGAGCCUAGAGAGGAAGAACCAGCACCUGCGUCAGAGCGAAGAGAAGGUGAGGGCGGCCAACACAGAGCUGUGCUCCAAGAUGAGGGAGAUGAUCCAGGAGCUGGACCAGGAGAAGCAGGAGGCUGCACAGAGGUACGAGCGGGUCCAGCAGCAGUACAGGGACGACGUGGUCCAGCGGGUCCGCUCAGACCUCUCUGAGGAGCACCACGCCCACAUGGACCAGCUGGUCUCUGAGCACCAGCAGCAGGUCCAUCAGCUCAAAGCGCUCCUGGCUGAGGCCGGUGAUAAGCUGUUCGGGGUGCAGGAGUGCUACAUCUCGGUCUGUAAGGAGAAGGACUCGCUGGAGGAGAGGCUUGGGCGCACCACAGAGGAGGCUCUCACAAGGGAGCAGGAGAUGAAGGAGCAGAGCAGCGCCGCCCUGGACGCCCUGAGGAGACAGCUGGAGGACCAGCACCAGGCCUCCGUCCACCAGCUCCAAGCUCACUGGCUGUCGGAGCAGGAGGCGGAGCUCCAGCAGCAGGUCACCUCCCGGCUGGCCUCGGCCAAGGCCGCCUGGGAGGAGGAGGAGCAGCAGCAGGUAACGUUCCCACCACGCACCCCCGCUCUGCCGACGCCGCCCCCCUGUGGACGUGGUCCUAAAGACGUUGUGUGGCUGCUGCCUGUGCAGAGGGCGGAGCCCCGGGCCGGGAGCCCUGAGGAGGCGGGUACGGUGGAGGGCUGGUCCCAGACGGAGGACGCUCCGGCCGGCCCACCCGGCGCUGUAUUCAGCGCCGAGGAGCUGGAGUCCAGGCUCGGCGCCCAGAGGCAGGCCCUGCAGGCGGAGGCGGGCGGGGAGCGGGAGAGGGCCGUGAAGGAGGCCCGGAGGAGGCUCCAGACGGAGCUCCAGAAGAGGCACCUGGAGGACCUGGCCACACAGGUGGAAGGAGCGGUGAGCCGGGCGUACGCACGCUGGCUGGAGGACCUGACCUUGCUGCCUGAGUACAAAGCCAACCUCCAGGAGGAGAAGGACCAGUGGGAGGAGAUCCUCAAGCAGAAGGUGAAGCACUCAGUCGUCCACAAGGAGGUACACCGGAUGUUAUGCAUGCGUGUUGACCGCUGUUCCCCGUGGCAGGCGGCCCAGACGGAGCUGCUCCAGGGACAGCUGGAGCACCUGAAGGGCGAGCAGGCCGCCCUGCUGAGGGCGGAGCUGGCCGCGGCGCGGGCCGCCUGGACCAGGGACAAGGAGCAGGAGAUCGCCUCCCUGCUGGCCCCCUGGAGGGAGCAGGAGCAGCGCCGGCUGGCCCAGGCCCUGCAGCGGGCCGCCGAGGAGUGGCAGCUCCAGAAGAAGGAGCUGCUGGAGCGCUGCGAGGCCGGUCUGCAGCGGGCGCUCGGGGAGAGGGAGGAGCGCUGGAGGGGCCAGCUGGCAGAGGGGCAGCAGGCACAGAGGAGGCAGGCCAGGGAGGGGCUCCUGGCGGAGCUGGACGCCAGCCUGGCGGAGCUCCGGAAACAGCCCCACGGGGGCACGGUGAAGCCGUGGGCGGGAGAGACCGGGGGCACAGAGAGCCACGCUGCACGGGACACCGUUGCUCAGAUCAUCGCCUCGUCCUACAGAGAUCUCACGGCUAAAGCGUUGGGCCAGGCCAAGAAGGAGUGGGACAAGAUAAGUGAGGAGAAGCUGAGCUGCGCUCUGAGAGACGCACAGGAGCAGCACCAGAGAGAAAUCGGUCAAAUCCAGAGCUCUGCGUCGCUGCUGCCCCAGGAGGCCCGCUGCGGGGGGCGGUGCGCGGAGGCGCUGCGCAGGCUGCAGACCAAGAACCAGGAGCUGCAGAGGCACCUGGAGAAGGCCUGCAGGCAGCUGCAGCACACGGUGCGCGACAACAAGGCCACGGUGCAGCGCCUCAAAGAGGAGCAGGAGAGCAGCCUGCAGCACGCCCAGGAAGACCACCGACAGCAGCUGGAGGACGUGACCCGGACGCUGAAGGACGCUUCAGGGGUCUGUGGCCGCCAGGCUGACCUCCAGCCGGGCCUGGACGAGAUGAAGCAGCAGUACCUGUCGGCCGUGGACAAGAUCCGAGGGGACAUGCUGCGCUACCUGCAGGAGAGCAAGGAGCGCGCCGCCCAGAUGAUCAGGGCCGAGGUGCGGCGGGAGCGGCAGGACACGGCGCGCAGGAUGCGGCGCUACUACAUGAGCUGUCUGCAGGAGCUGCUGCAGCACGGGGAGCAGACCUCAGGGGCUGAGCAGAAGAUCAUGAGUGCUGCAGGGAAGCUGCUGGCGAUGGCCAAGGUGCUGGAGACCCCCGUGAAGAAGAAAGCCCCCCUCAAGGACCACGCCUUACCCGCCAGCGGCUCCAGUGGACCGCCUCCCUCCAGGAGAGCAGGAAGUUCCCCCUGGGGCUCCUCCCCAGGGUUGCCGCUCCCUGGGCUGGGUCUAGAGGAGGGGGCCCGCGAGGCAGACCCGACCCCCAAGGCCGACCCCCAAGGCCGCGUCCCGGCCAGGAACAAGAAGCCCGGGAAGGACCCGGUGCAGAGCAGCCCCGCGCCGGGGAGGGGGAGGGACGCAGGACCCCACGCCUCGCGGCCCCACACCGCAUACCCGGGCUCCGCCUCCCCGCCGGGCUUCCUCCCGCCGUCGCUGAGCAACGGUCUCCGGGACCUGUACCUCCAGGGAGCCGGCUCCCCAGGGGGCACCGGCGGGCCCGCGGGCCCGGAGCUCCGAGGCCAGCGCUCGGUCAUCAGGGAGUCCCCCGUCCGAGACGAGGGGGAGAGCGACUGGAGCGCGGCCGGCAGCUCGGAGGGGGGCCUUGUGGCGGCGGGGGGGCGGCUGGCCCGAGACGGACACCAGGUGGAGGAGUUUGGACGGCUGGCCCCGGACGCGUCGGACCUCACUGUGUACAACGAGUUCGCCAAGAGGCCCCUGAGCGUGCCGUCGGCCAAGAGGACGUGCAGAGAGCCCACGCCCGGCUCGGAGGUGCCCGGGGGGGGGCAGCCCGGCAAGGCGGUGUUCUCGGCGCUGAGGCAGUGCCAGCAGGACAGUGGCUUCCACAGCCCCUUCUCACAGCACCAGUGAUGGCACACCGGUCCACCAGACCCCUCCACCGUACGGGGCCUUAUGCAGUGACACUGUUUACACACCCAGAGGGAUGUCUUUCUGGGGGUGGUAGAGCCAGAGCUGUAGUGCCUGACUGUGAGUGGCAGAGUUAGAGAUUGAAAACGGAUUUGGAUAUACAGUCGAAAACCUCAGUUGACGACCACAGCAUGCCAGGCAAUUAUAUUCAUAAGCAGCUACUCAACUUUACAUGACUUUCAAAAAUAUUGAUCUAAAUCCUGAACUUCAUGGUUUAAUGUUUUAAAGCUGAAAUGACAUCUAGUAGCUAAAUAGAAAUCAAUUUUUUUUUGCAUAAAGAGCAUUCCUUUAGUGCUAAAGGCGUUAUGCAGUAUUGGAUCUCUUGGCUGCCUUUCUGACCGGGCCAGAACAUCAGGCUCUACUUGAAGGUUGCUGAAGCCGCUUGGUGAGACAUG